AUGGCUAUUUUCUUGUCAAAGAGGCUGAUCAGGCUAUGUGCCAUGGUCACCGUGUUGUUGCUACUAUUGGCAACUUUGAACACACACCAGUCCAGUUCUCAAUAUGUGAGCGGUUAUCUGCCAUCGCAAUUGAGGUUACCAGACAGUUCUAACUUUGGCUUCCCUAGUGGUGGUGCCUCCGAUGUCACGGUAGGCCAAACCACCGAACUUGAGGACCCUACCAAAGAGCUAGAGGCUGCCAGAGCCAAGGCUGACAAGGAUACCGAUGCUGGUAAUAUUUCCAAUCCGGACGAGAAGGCACCAGGCGAUUCAGGCAAAGCUCUAGAGCAAGCUGCCAAUGCUGAGGCCGCUGUUAAGGAUAUGACCAAGAAGGAUAUUGAGGAGUACCUGGCCCCAUCUUUUGCCAACAAGGGUAAGAGACCAAAGGCCGCCUUUGUCACUCUGAUUAGAAACAGAGAGCUAAACGACAUCUUGGAACCAAUGAACAUGGUUGAAAAGAGAUUCAACAAGAACUACCAUUACCCAUGGGUCUUCUUGAACAACGAGCCAUUUACCGAAGAAUUCAAGGAAACUGUCAAAAAGCAUGCCUCUGGUGAAGUUAUCUUCGACUUGAUUCCUAAGGAGCACUGGGGCUAUCCAGAUUAUGUUGACCAAGAUAAGGCCGCUAUCGAGAGAAAGAAGAUGGCCGACAAGAAUAUUAUCUACGGUGAUAGUGAAUCUUAUAGACACAUGUGCCGUUUCCAAUCUGGUUUCUUCUGGAGAGAAAAGGCUUUAGAAGACUUUGACUGGUACUGGAGAGUCGAACCAAGCACAAAGAUUUACUGUGAUAUUCCUUACGAUCCAUUCCAAUACAUGCAAGACAACAAGAAGGCCUAUGGUUUCACAAUCACUAUCCAUGAAUACAGAUCUACUAUCGAAUCUCUUUGGAAGACCGUCAAAAACUUCAUCAAGGACUUCCCUCAGUACUUGGCCAAGGAUAACUUGGAGAAGUUUGUCUCUGAAGACAACUUAGAAGAAUACAACUUGUGCCACUUCUGGUCUAACUUCGAGAUCGCUAACUUGAACGUUUGGAGAUCACCAGCUUACAGAGAUUUCUUUGAUUACCUAGAUAAGACUGGUAACUUUUUCUAUGAGAGAUGGGGUGAUGCUCCUGUCCAUUCUAUUUUUGUCUCUUUGUUCUUACCAAAGAGCUACUUACACUAUUUCAACGAUUUUGGCUACUACCAUCCUCCUUAUAACCACUGUCCAAUUGACAAUGAAAUUUUCAGAGACAGAAACUGUGACUGUACUCAAAAGGAUGACUUCACCUUCAAGGGUUAUUCUUGUGGUAUUCAAUACCAUAAUGCUCAAGGUAUCAAGAAACCAAGCAAUUGGGAAGAUUACAGCGAUUAA